GGCGGGAGCGCCGGGGGCUCGGUGCGGUGCGGUGCGGCCGGGGCUCCCCCUCCCAGCGCAGCUCGGCGCGGCGGGCGGCCCCGCUUUCGUUUCCCGACCUCCGUCCCUCCCGUGCUCCGUUCCCCAGCCCGGACCGCGGCGAUGGAGCUCUACCCGUAUCAGCUCGAGGCCGUGGCCCCGGCCCUGCAAGGUCGCAACAGCAUCGUGUGGCUGCCCACGGGCGCCGGCAAAACCCGCGCGGCCGUGCACGUCUGCAGGCGGCACCUGGAGGGGCGGCGGGGCGGCCGGGUGGCCGUGCUGGUCAACAAGGUGCACCUGGUGCAGCAGCACUUGGAGAAGGAGUUCCACGUCCUGCGCGAUGCCUUCGAAGUGACGGCCGUCAGCGGGGACAGCAGCCACAAGUGCUUCUUCGGGCAGCUGGCGAAGGGCAGCGACGUGGUCAUCUGCACGGCACAGAUCCUGCAGAACGCUCUGCUCAGCGGGGAGGAGGAGGCGCACGUGGAGCUGACGGAUUUCUCCCUGCUGGUGAUAGAUGAAUGCCACCACACUCACAAGGAAGCUGUCUACAACAAAAUCAUGCUGAGCUAUCUCCAGAAGAAGCUCAGUGGGCAGCGGGGCCUGCCGCAGAUCCUGGGCCUGACGGCAUCCCCCGGCACCGGGGGGGAAACUUCCUUCGAAGGGGCUGUGGAACACAUCCUGGAGAUCUGUGCCAACUUGGACACCGAGGUGAUCACAUCAGCACAGGAGCACGCGCAGCACCUGCAGAGCCGUGUGCCCCAGCCCAGGAAGCAGUACGACCUGUGUCAGGAGAGAGCGUGGGACCCCUUUGGCCAGCGGCUGAAGGAGAUCAUGGAGCGGAUCCAGGAGCACAUGGAGAUGCCCAGGCUGCCGCAGAACUUUGGCACGCAGGAUUAUGAGCAGCGCAUCGUGGAGCUGGAGAACAGAGCGGCAGAGAGUUUUUGUCGCAAGACGCGGGUGUGCGCGCUGCACCUGCGCAAGUACAAUGACGCCCUGCUGAUCAACGACGCCGUGCGCAUGACGGACGCCUUCCAGUGCCUGCAGCAGUUCUACGCUGAUGAGAGGGACAUGAAGGAUGGCACCGAGCGCUUCCUGGCCACCACCUUUGAGGAGAACAGGGCCACACUGCUGGCGCUGGCUGGAGACCAGCGCUACGAGAACCCCCGACUGAGAAAACUGGAGGAGAUCCUGCAGGAGCACUUCCAGCCCCUGGAGUCAUCCCGCGGCAUCAUCUUCACCAAGACCCGGCAGAGCGCACACAGCCUGCUCAGCUGGCUGCAGGGCACGGCCACGCUGCGUGGGCAGCACAUCAGGGCGGCCGUGCUCACCGGUACCGGCUACAGCAACCAGACCAAGGGCAUGACGCAGAACGAGCAGCAGGACGUGAUCGCACUGUUCCGCAGCGGAGAGCUCAACCUGCUCUUUUCCACCAGCGUGGCUGAGGAGGGCCUGGACAUCCCUGAGUGCAACAUCGUGGUGCGCUAUGGACUGAUGACCAACGAGAUUGCCAUGGUGCAGGCCCGGGGCCGUGCCCGUGCCCAGAACAGCGUGUACUCUGUCCUCGCCAAAGCCAACAGCCGGGAGGUGUCCCGGGAGCAGCUCAACGAGAACCUGGUGGAGCUCAUGGAGAGGGCCAUCAGGGCAGUGCAAGCCAUGCCCGAGCGGGAGUACCGCCUGAAGAUCAUGGAGUUGCAGCAAAAUGCUGUUUUAAGCUGGCGAGCGAAGGAAGCCAGAAACGGCGAGAGGCGGCAGCUGCACGACCCGGAUGAUGUUUACUUCCACUGUGUCAACUGCAAUGUGGCUGUGUGCCGCGGCAGCGACAUCCGCACGGUGGAGGCCAUGCACCACGUGAACAUCAACCCCAACUUCAGGAUUUAUUAUACAGUCUCAUCUGGGAAAAUACACUUUGAGCGGACUUUCAGGGACUGGGAACCCGGCUGCCGCAUUGUGUGCAGUGAGUGCAGGCAGGAGUGGGGAAUGGAGAUGAUCUACCGGAACGUGAAGUUACCCAUCCUCAGCAUCAAAAACUUCGUGGUGGUGACCCCGGAUGAGAAGAGGAAGUACAAGAAGUGGAGCAGGGUGACGUUCCCCAUCGAGGAGUUCAGCUACGUGGAGUACUGCUCCAGCACCCUGGACGAAUCCCUAUAGUGCCAGCUCGCUCAGGACCGCUCCCAGGCCACAUCCUGGGGCGGGGGGGACCUUUCCAUCACCCUUGUCAUAGGACGUCGCUUGAGGCCCGUGCAGGCGGGCUGCGCCUCGCUGCGCUCUGCAGAUGUGUCCCAGCACGUCUGUGCUUCGCUGCGCGCAGUCCUGCGGCACUGACUGCACAACGCUGAUAAAGGACACGCGGUCCCGGGGUGGGACAGCCCCCGUGCCCCCGCUGCCGGGCAGCGGCUCCCGUCCCUGCGGCGCAGGGAACCGACGGCCGCGCGGUGCGAUCCGGCGUGCGUCUGCUUUAUGAAGUCGGGCAUCCUGCGCUGUAAACGUGCGUGGUGGGUACCUGCAAA